ACACGCCAGAGAGCCUGCGGCGGUGUUGGCAGCCAAAGCGCUUGGUUGUCACCACAGCCUCAUCGCUAGCCCUCCGUCCCGCAGCCGCGCGCCCGGCGCAGCCUGUCCGCUGUCCUCUCAGAGUCCACCCAGCCGCCAAGCUGCACGCCCGAAGYGCGCCCUCUGCCCUCGCGGGGACAGAGGAUCCCACCACCAUCAUGACCCCCGCCAUGUACACCAUCCUGGCGGGGCUACUGCUCCUGCCACUGCUGGUGAACUUUUGCUGCCCCUACUUCUUCCAGGAUAUGCGCUACUUCCUGCGGGUGGCCAACUUGGCCCGGCAGGUGCGCAGCUACCGGCAGCGGCGUCCGGCGCGCACCAUCCUGAGUUCCUUUCUAGAGAAAGCGCGCCAGACCCCACACAAGCCUUUCCUGCUCUUCCGCGAUGAGACGCUCACCUACGCACAGGUAGACCGGCGCAGCAAUCAGGUGGCGCGAACGCUGCACGACCAUCUCGGCCUGCGCCAAGGAGAAUGCGUGGCGAUCUUUAUGGGCAAUGAGCCGGCCUUCAUCUGGCUGUGGCUGGGUCUGGCCAAACUGGGCUGUCCCAUGGCGUGCCUCAACUACAACAUUCGCUCAAAGUCUCUGUUGCACUGUUUCCAUUGCUGCGGGGCAAAAGUGCUGCUGGCCUCACCAGAACUACGAGAAGCUGUUGAAGAGGUGCUACCAAGCCUGAAAAAAGAUGGUGUGUCCGUCUAUUAUGUAAGCAGAACUUCUAACACAGAUGGCGUUGACUCUUUCCUGGACAAAGUAGAUGAAGUGUCAACUGAACCUAUCCCAGAGUCGUGGAGGUCUGAAGUGACUUUUUCUACACCUGCCUUAUACAUUUAUACAUCUGGAACCACAGGUCUCCCAAAAGCUGCCACAAUCAAUCAUCAUCGAUUAUGGUAUGGAACUGGCCUUUCUACCGUGUCUGGGUUUAGGGCAGAUGAUGUCAUCUAUACCACUCUGCCCUUGUACCACAGUUCUGCACUUCUGAUUGGCUUGCACGGAUGUAUCCUGGCCGGUGCUACUUUGGCUUUGCGGACCAAAUUUUCAGCCAGCCAGUUUUGGGAUGAUUGCAGAAAAUACAAUGUAACUGUCAUCCAGUACAUCGGUGAACUGCUUCGGUAUUUAUGCAACACACCUCCGAAACCAAAUGAUCGUGAUCAUAAAGUGAGAGUAGCCCUGGGAAAUGGCUUACGAGGAGACGUGUGGAAAGAAUUUGUCAAGAGAUUUGGGGACAUUCACAUUUAUGAGUUCUAUGCUUCCACUGAAGGCAAUAUUGGAUUUAUGAAUUAUCCAAGAAAAAUCGGUGCUGUUGGGAGAGCAAACUACCUACAAAGAAAAGUCAUAACUUAUGAACUGAUUAAAUAUGACGUGGAGAAAGACGAACCCGUCCGUGAUGGAAAUGGAUAUUGCAUCAAAGUUCCCAAAGGUGAGGUUGGACUCCUGAUUUGCAAAAUUACACAACUUACACCAUUUAAUGGCUAUGCUGGAGGAAAGACUCAGACAGAGAAGAAAAAACUGAGAGAUGUCUUUAAGAAAGGAGACCUUUAUUUCAACACUGGAGAUCUCUUAAUGAUUGAUCAUGAUAAUUUCGUCUACUUCCAUGACAGAGUGGGAGACACAUUCCGGUGGAAAGGGGAAAAUGUGGCCACCACGGAAGUUGCUGACAUAGUAGGACUGGUUGAUUUUGUCCAAGAGGUGAAUAUUUAUGGAGUGCCUGUGCCAGGUCAUGAGGGUCGAAUUGGCAUGGCCUCCAUCAAGAUGAAAGAAAACCAUGAAUUUGAUGGAAAGAAACUCUUUCGGCACGUUGCUGAUUACCUGCCUAGUUAUGCAAGGCCUCGGUUUCUGAGAAUACAGGAUACCAUUGAGAUCACUGGAACUUUUAAACACCGCAAAGUAACUCUCAUGGAGGAGGGCUUUAAUCCCACAGUCAUCAAAGAUGCCUUAUAUUUCUUGGAUGACACAGCAAAAACAUAUAUCCCUAUGACAGAGGACAUUUACAAAGCCAUAAAUGAUAACACUCUGAAAAUCUGAAUAUCCCCAGAAGGAUAACUCACAUUUCCAGAAAGAAACUGAAUGGACUUAAUACAGCCACUCAAAAUAAUCCAUCCUUAAUUUGAUUGAAGAUUAUGAGAUGCAGGGGUUUUUUUUAGGAAUUAUUCACAUCAGUAAGGGAACAGUUAUUGUUGUUUUAAUUACACCUGAACCUUUGUAAGUGAAAAGAUUUAGAAACAAUUAUUUUUUUCAAUGUGCACCUACUGUUUGUAUUUGUAAACUGAGCUCAUUGGAGGGACAGCCUUAUUUUUUUUAAAAUAUAUAAUAAAAUAGACGAA